AUGGCUGGAGGCUUCUCGCGCCUUCGACGCCCUCUCCUGGGCCUGACCGCCGCCGCUACAGCUGGAGGCGCUGCUCUCUAUGCUCGCAGCAGUAUUUCACAUACCACUCACAAGCCGAUCGCAGAGGUAAAACGCGACAGCAAUGGCCGCAUUAUUCCCCCGUCAUUCCCCGCGGUGCCAUCUCGACUCGAACAGCUUGCCGACCUGCGGCGCCACAGCAAAACAAACGACAAUCUCGAAGAAUACGACCUCCUCAUUAUCGGCGCGGGUGCAACUGGCGCCGGAAUUGCGCUUGACGCUGUGACUCGCGGCCUCAAGGUCGCUAUUGUGGAUCGCGAUGACUUCGCUGCGGGCACCAGUUCCAAGAGCACCAAAUUGGUCCACGGCGGCGUGCGCUAUCUCGAAAAGGCUGUCAUGAACUUGGAUUACUCCCAGCUGCAGCUGGUUAUGGAGGCGCUGCAUGAGCGCAAGACCUUCCUCACCAUCUCUCCUCACCUCUCUAACUCGCUCCCCAUUCUGCUGCCCCUCCAAAACUGGUGGCAGGCUCCUUAUAUGUGGAUCGGCACCAAAGCCUACGACUUGCUCGCAGGUUCGCAGGGCCUCGAGAGCUCUUAUUUUAUGAGUAAGAGCAAGGCCGCUGCCAACUUCCCUUCAUUGCGCCAAGAGAACGUAGUUGGUGCUUUGGUUUACUACGACGGCCAGCACAAUGAUUCCCGAAUGAACGUCUCUCUCGCUCUUACCGCUCAACAGUACGGCGCGACCGUCUUGAACCAUGUUGAAGUCACGGGCCUGAACAAAGACCAGAACGGCAGAAUCCGCGGCGCCACCCUCAGAGAUACUCUGGGCAACGGCGAUGGCAAGGAAUUUACCGUGCGCGCCAAAGGCGUCAUCAAUGCCACGGGGCCUUUUACUGAUGCUGUCGAACGCAUGGACGACCCUUCCCGCAUGGCUCUCGUAGCUCCCGCUUCUGGCGCUCACGUCAUGCUUCCUGGUAGUCUCUGCCCGAAUGGAAUGGGCAUGCUUGAUGCCACCUCCGAUGGAAGAGUCAUUUUCGUGCUGCCCUGGCAGGGAUACACUGUUGCCGGCACGACGGACAACUCUUGCGAGAUUGAGAAAGAGCCGGUUGCGCAGGAAGAAGAUGUCAAGUUUAUUCUUAAGGAGGUGAACAAGCUUCUGCGACCCGACUCGCACUUGGGCCAAUCUGAUAUUCUGGCAACUUGGUCUGGCAUUCGCCCUCUUGUCCGGGACCCCAAGGCUAAGAACACCGAAUCUCUCGUACGAAGCCAUCUUGUUACCGUUUCGCAAUCUGGUCUGCUCACUUGUGCCGGUGGCAAAUGGACCACCUACCGCCAGAUGGCUGAAGACGCCGUCGACGAAGCUAUCAAGACAUUCGACCUUGCACCUUCAGCUGUGUCAUUCCCCGAUAUCAGUGGCACUGGAAUGCCUGGUCUUCAAGCUACCGGCAACUGUUUGACCAAGAAUGUGCCCCUUGUCGGAGCCCACGGCUACUCGACGUCUCUUGCCUCACAGCUCAUGGAAGUUCAUCAUAUCGAUGCCGAUAUUGCUGAGCACUUGUCCCGCAACUAUGGCGACCGCGCCUGGGCAGUUCUCUCGGCUUCCAACUCCGCUGCCACCCGCCUGAUCCCAUCGCUUCCUUUUGUCGAGGCCGAGAUUCGACAUGGCGUCCGCGCUGAAGCCGCCUGCACAGCUGCUGAUGUAAUCUCUCGACGCACUCGCCUUGCCUUCCUCGACAUUGAAAAUGCUCUGCGCGCACUCCCUCGUGUCAUUGAUGUCAUGGGCGAGGAGCUUCAAUGGUCUGGAGAGCGGAAGCAGCAUGAGUGGAAAGAGGCCAUUUCAUUCUUCAAGUCAAUGGGAUUGUCGCCAGAUAAGCUGAGCAUCACUCGCAAAGAAGUCGAGGCUCUGCCUGCUCUCCCAAGCAGGAAGCCCGAGGUGGCUGCUGCAGUAAAGGACAUGGAGCUGGGCAAGCUUGCGGCCAACGGUGUUUUGGCAUAA